UAUCGCUUGACCGUAGACGCGGAAGGCAGGGGUCGCGGGAAACGCGUUGGAAAUCAGCCCGGAAAUCAGCGCGAUUUGAUUUGCCUGCCAAAUCGAAUCGGUGCAUUUACUAUUAAAGGCGGCUCCCUUCCCCACGUUUCCCUCGAACCUCCUUCUUGCAACCCGCAUCCACACAAAGCGUUACAUCUUUCAGCGCCAUUCCACAACCAACUUUCCACAUUUAUCAACAUGACUGGACGCGGCAAGGGCGGCAAGGGCCUCGGCAAGGGUGGUGCCAAGCGCCACCGCAAGAUUCUGCGUGACAACAUUCAGGGCAUCACCAAGCCUGCCAUUCGCCGUCUGGCUCGUCGUGGUGGUGUCAAGCGUAUCUCUGCCAUGAUCUACGAGGAGACCCGUGGGGUUCUCAAGACCUACCUCGAGGGCAUCAUUCGCGACGCCGUCACCUAUACUGAGCACGCCAAGCGCAAGACCGUCACGUCUCUGGACGUUGUCUACGCCCUCAAGCGGCAAGGCCGCACCCUCUACGGUUUCGGUGGCUAAAUGCCCUCAUCACGACAUCAUGAAGUUUCUGCGCGCAUUUUUCUCGCUAUCGGUUAUGGCUGGGCUACGAUGAGUUUCACGGGCAAUGGGUCUCUUGUUUUUUCUGGGUUC